GCCGCGCGGGCCGCGUGAGCUCGGAGCCCCGCGGGCCUCGCCCGCCGCCGCCGCCGCCCAUCCGGGCCGGAGAGGCCGCGGCCAUGGCCGAGACGGAGGAGCGGAGCCUGGACAACUUCUUCGCCAAGAGAGACAAGAAGAAGAAGAAGGAGCGCAGCGGCCGGGCGGCGGGGGCCGCGGGCGCGGCGGGCGCGGCGGGCAGCGCGGGCGGGGGCGGCGGGGCGGCGGGCGGCGGCGGGGCCGCGGGCGCCCGGCCGGGGGACCAGGCCGGCGGGGCCGCGGGCAGCGCGGGGACCCGGCCGGGCGACCAGGCCGGCGGGGCCGCGGGGACCAGGCCGGGCGACGGCGCGGGCGGCGCGGGCUCGGGCGGCGCGGGCAAGGCCGCGACCAAGGAUGAAGAUGAGUGGAAGGAAUUUGAGCAGAAAGAGGUUGAUUACAGCGGGCUACGAGUCCAGGCAAUGCAGAUAAGUGAGAAGGAGGAGGAGGAGGAUAACGAGAAGAGAGAAGACCCCGGGGAUAACUGGGAAGAAGGGGGCGGCGGCGGAGGGCUGGAGAAGUCUUCAGGGCCCUGGAAUAAAACAGCUCCUGUGCAAGCGCCUCCUGCUCCAGUUGUAGUUCCAGAGCCCCCCGAACCGGCGAUGCCUAGUGGUGUGUAUAGGCCUCCCGGGGCGCGGCUAACCACCACAAGGAAAACGCCGCAAGGACCCCCAGAGAUCUACAGCGACACGCAGUUCCCGUCCCUGCAAUCCACUGCCAAGCACCUAGAAAGCCGGAACAGGUACUUAAAAUGAGUGCUACCUGGAGCUAAAUGACCACAUGCGGCACAUCUGCAUCUUAUUUAGGGACGUGAAGUUUUAAGAGUAAAUAAAAGGGGAAGGAAACGUAAAUGACAUCCGAUGGAAAUUUUUUUUGAGUGGCUUUUAAAGUGACCCAGCCUUCGGCCUGGUUGAGAGCACCGCACCGCUGGCUUGAACUGAGACCCGCAGCUGGCCCGCACCAGCUCCACCGCUGUCCACACCCGCGCGCGCGAGGCCUCCCGCCCGCCUCUCCUCACCCCACCCAGCCCGACCCGACCCACCCGCUCCACUCCCGCUACCGCUGCCCCACCUGGAAGCCAGGAGAAAUCACCGCAGGAGGAGGAGGAGGAGGAGGAGGUUACUUGGAGGAGAGCGAUGUUACCUUUACUUCCACAUAGACACUGUCUACUCGUUGCUGCAAGUAAAAACCCGCGUGCGGGGCGGAGCGGAGUGAGUGUCUUUCGGUGUCUUCGCGGUGGCCCUAACCUAGGUUUGCAGUGAGCUCGGCUGACAGUUCAGUAUUACCCGACCCGCCUCCUUCCAGCCAAAGCCUUAAAGUGUUUGGAUGAAGAUGUUGCCCGCUUCCUCCCCGCCCCCCGGCGUUCUAAGGGGUGGCAUUUUGUUUUUCCUUUUUUUUUUUUUUCUUUUUCUUAAUUCAAGGAAGCUAUUUGUAAAACACCCUCGUGAAGAGGAAAUGUUGAUUGCCCGUAGCAUUUCUUUUUCCCUGAGGACUGAAAGGAAAUGGUGAGGAGCUUUGGAGUGAGUAGAAGACAAAUAGAAGUAGGGAUGAGGCCCUUCCACGGGAGCGACGCCGCCAGUGCGUGGACCAGCCGAGUAGCGGCCACCCGGGUGACACCCCACUCGGAACAGUCUCCUGCCCCCCGCGUUCACCACCGCCUCGCCAGCCGGGGUCCCCCCAACCCGCUGGAGCCCACACAGCCCGCCCAGGACCCGCUCAUAUUCAGCCUCCUGGCCUGGGGCACAUGGCCGCCGAGGGUGUCGCCGCUGCUCUUGGGUGUGCAUUGGAGAUGGAGGAAUUCUCAUUGGUCUGUUGCUGAACCCCCUUUCAGCCAUGGCCUUUCACAACCUGCUCCGCAACUUCCAGGACCCCGACCCCGCAGCCUGUGCUCACGGGAACACCGAGCCCCCUGUCAGGUUGACUACCUCACAUUCGCUGCGCUUACCCUGGACUUCGCGUGGAUCGCCCCUUGUGGGCACCCCGAAACAGCUCUCCCGGAUGCCUGCCGGGACUCCUGCGGAAAGCCGGCCAGCCGCCUUCUGAUAGUGCUGUAAAGGAGGAAGAUUUAAGUGACCUUAACCCCGCGCCCCACCCUGGGGAGCAGCGGGGCGUGCUGUGGCUGCGGGGGACCCCGCCACACGCCGGGCUCCAAGAAACUGAGCUGCGUCCGGCUCAUCUGUGUGAGGCUGUGAUGUCUAGUGGAAAUUUCCAGUUGGCGGCAGCAGCUCCAAGUUAAAUUCCACCGAACCUGGGUCCACCACUUGGGCAAAGGGCUGGGAGAGGCGUUCAUUGGCUUCGUGCUUUUUCUGUGUUCCACAUUAAGGCCUUGCGUUGCUUUGACUUGGAGCGCGUCCUCUGGCUGCUGAUGGGUGAAGUCAGCCACCCACCCGAAACACAUACAUUAGAGUUGUGACGUGUCUGUGAAGUUGCCAGUCUUGAGUGGAACCAAAAUAAUAGCCUCAAUACGGAGCCGUGAGGGGCCCCCCCCUUCCCGGGCCUGUCCCCAACCCUUGAAGAGCCCCCUGUCACCCCAGCAGCUCAUGGCGAGUUCCUGUUCUCGUGAGCAGCCUGGGAAGGCACUGGGCGUUGUUCUGUAAGCUCCAUGGUUGUCUAGCCAGCUUUGCUCCCCACCUUCGGUGAGGUCGCCAUGUUCAUUAGGGAGGGCGGGGUGAGACGUGGCGAUCGUCGACAUCGUCCCCCUUCCUUCAGGAAAGACCCUCUUCUUCCAGGCCACCCCGAGUAGAGUGACGCUCCACAGCGGGAUGUGGAUGCGGGCGCUUCAGACCCGCGCAGUGGGGCGCCAGGUCCCCUGCAGGCUGGGAUGUGAUGUGUGGUGUGAGCGCAGGCCUUCCUGGUGAGGCGGCCGGGGUGCUGUCUGUCCGUCUGCCGAUGUGUGUGUCGGGUGAUGGAUUUGGGCGAGUAGCAAAGUCAGCCAGAGUGGGAGGUUGGAAGAUGAGAAGCGUAGAUUCUUGGUGACAUUGAAGACUUCAUUUGGGAACCAAAAACCUUAAUUUAUCUCUUGAACCUUGAGCCACAUACUUUUUCUUGAAGCAGGCAGCUGUCCUGCCGCGUUACUUGGGGGGAGGGGGGAGGGAGGAGGCUGGGGUGCUGGGGAGGCUUGUUUCGUGGCCUCCUGUCCUGGAAACCCACAGGCCUGCAGCGGAGUUGAGUCCCAGCCCUCGUCCUGUCUUGUAGAAGAUUCUGAAGUGAUGAGAAUGCACGCGGAUGGAGCAGAGUCCCCUGUAGGGUGUGGGUGGGCUGUCCGUGGUGGGCGGCGGUGUGGAGGGGACCGGCCCUGUACCAUUUCUUUCUUUGGAUUCUCAGGCAUGGUUUGGCAGUGCAAGAACUCUGUACCCUUAACAAAUUCAAUAAAAAAGUAACAUACGGAUGGUG